AUGAAUGAAAGCAACGGUGCAUCUGAAAAAGAUGGUUUAGCUGAUGGGGCAAACCUGAUCAUCAAGUUGAAAAUUAUUUCAUAUGAGGCUUUCGAAGGAGGCUGCAUAGAAAUAGCUCUUGCACGUGAGCCAUCAUUACAGUAUUUUUAUUCAGAAGAAUUGCUUGAAGGUCUAAUCAACUGGUACUAUUUUGAUUAUGUUCUUGCAAGUUAUGUUCUCAAUGGAGCAGUAACCAAGUGCACAUCUUGUGGAAGUGAUUUUAAUGCUUUUAAUCGAAAGUGCCACUAUCAAAACUGUGGGGAUAUUUUCCGUGACAAGUGUACACAAGGAGGAGGUGGAAUUUCAAUCAUAUAUGGAGGCAUCACUUUUCGAGCCAAAGUGGAAGCUUCUCUUGCUGAUGGAGUUUCAUGGAGAAUGCUUGAGGGUGAUAUUGAGGAAAACGAGUAUAUGAUGCCACCUUAUGGGGCUUCAUAUGUGGCAUAUGGAAAAAACUCAAAGAAGCGGGCUUCGAUGAAGAGUCCAUCAAACGUAGAGACAAGGCUGCUCUUGUCGUCUAUAUUGCUGAACUCGAAGUCGAGUUUAUUUCUCUCUCUUUGCAAAUAUCAAAGUUUCUUUCGUAUGCCGAAUGGCCAGGUAAGCAGCCGUUUUCAAGCCGAGCCGCCAAAUGUACAACAAAAGAAAACCCUUCAAUUUUCGGUAGAACAAGAAGAAGCACUGCUGGCUCUCGUCGAUCACCGCACAAAAGAAGUCGUGCAUCUUCGCCAACGCGCCUCUUAUUACACAUCCCAGAUGGAAUUCAACACUAUGGCUACUUAG